GAGCUGUCAGCAAAGGAAGGGCCCAGCCAGGUGGGGCAGCCGGGGGAUGACGACAGCCUGCAGGGACAGAGGCGCAGGCCAUGGACACCGUAGCACAGCCUGGGCUGCACAGGGCACAGGCAUGGGCAGCAGCUGAAAGGCCCUGACACAGCCAACUCCUGCAGCCCUUGGGCCAUGGCUGCUGGCCCUGGGCCUGAGGCAUCAGGAGGGGACAAGUGACCCUUGCAGGCCUGGGGCCUCAUUGCCUCCUUGUCCCUGCUCAGCAGCCUGGCAGGGGCCGCCCCAUGGUGCUGCCCUUGGCAUUGCACAUCCCCACAUCCCAGUGGCCCGGGAAGAGCCCUGAGCAAGGAGGGAGGGACAGGAUCUGCCUUGGCAGGGGCUGGGGCUCAGGCCUUGGCCCUUUGCAUUCCUGACUCACAUCCAGGUUUGGUCAGAAUCAGAAACACCUUGGCCGUGUUUGUCCCCACCUGUCAUCACUGCCUGAAGUGUCCUCCUCUAACUGGAACCUGGGGACUUUCUCAGUCUUGUCUCUUAGUGGGACCCAUUAAAACUUCAAGAAACUUUAGUAUUUCAACAUAAUCUUGAGUUCUUGAGCAGUUUUUUUGAACACUCUCUGAGGAACUGAGUCUCAUGUAAACAACACCAAACCUCAAGAGACUCAUUAAAAUCCUUGUGCUUUGUCUGUGCUGCUGAGCUGGGCUGGGCUCCUGGCACACAGGGGCAGAUUCUGGAAACCAAGAAGAGCUUUAAAAAGACAUUUCUCCUGAGGAGCAGCUCCUUUCCAAGCCCAGCAGGGCUGAGGGCACUGCCUGCGGGUACCUGAGAGCAGUGAACCAGACAGAGGUUCAAAGCAACAUGAAGAACAAUUCUGAGACCAUUAAGGGAGAAAUCUUCACAACUUUUGAUAAUUCUGAGCUUCUUCUUGGAGAAAUGUUCCCCACUUCUGACAGGGUAAGUCUGUGGCUGCAGGGAUCUCCUCAAGCUGAGGCAGGACAGCACUGAGGUGACUGUAAGGAUGGCUCUGCUGCCCUUGCUGCUUUGGGGGAGGAUGUGCUCCAGAGCGGGGCUGCCCUGGGCACCGUCAGAGGGACAGGGCAGGACGGCUCCUGCUGCCAGGGACGGCUGCAGGGGCUGAAGCUGGGGCUGCAGCCAGGGCUGCCCAGGGCUGUGGUGCAGAGCAGGUGCUGCAGCCCUGAGGGCUCUUGGCCAGCCCAGGGCAUCUGCCACCUGCCAGGGGCAGCUCUCAGCCUGCCUGGGAGCUCCUAUGGACUGUGGGGAGAAGUUGGAGGUGGAAGGAGCCACCCCCAUCAGGGCAGAUUCCUGCUGCUGUGGAGAUGGUGCUGCAUGGCCAGGGCUGCUCUCAGCUUUCUCAUGAAGGAAAGGGAAAGGGGCUGUCAGGGUUGUCUGUGUCACUGACACUCCUGCACUGUCACCCUGGGGAUCAGCAGAUGCGCCUCAGAUCUCCCUCAGAAAGUGCCUCCUCACCCUCCUCUAGCUAAAGACAGCAGCAGCAGCACCUUGGCUUGCAGCAUCUGUGUUUGUCUGAGGUGCCCUUAAGGCCCUGGUGCCAGGGAGAUGCCCCUAGGCAGUGCCCUGUGCUGGGAGGGGUGUGCAGGGCAGAGCUGAGCCCCCAGGGCUGGGCUGGGCUGUGGGAGCAGUGGCAGGGACAAGGCUUGGAUAGAGAGAAACAGCUCCCAGUAGGCACAACUCCAGGCAGCAGAGAGCCAGACCAGCCGUGGAUAUCCCCUCCUGUAAAGGAACAGAGAAAACAAAGGAAAGAAGAACUUAGGGUGAUUUAUUUUAAAAUUGCAACUUUCAGAUAGUCCACUUUAUUUUUCAGGAAACUUUUAAGUGCAAUCACACUGAAAUAGAGGGAGAUGUAAAGAGCAAAGGGCACCUCUGUGGGGACCAGCAGGUCUCAGUGCACUGGGGCACAGGGAGCUCUGCUUUCCAUCUGGGCUCUACAGUGUUCAGGCUGAGAACAAUGCUUAAGAUGCAGCAGUAACUACGCAGCAGCAAAUAUCUGAACUUAAAAGAGUUUAGCAAAAUUCUUUCACAGGUAAAAAAGGGACUUUUAGGGGAUUCCAAAUAAAAUACAUAGGACUCAAAUAAAAUGAUCCCAGCUUGUCAAUGUCUUCUUCCAACAGUCCAUGAUGCCCAGAGUGAAGAAAUGUUCAACAGCAGCUCCAGCAGCCACUUCCUCCUGCUGCCAUUGGCAGACAUGCGGCAGCUGCAGCUCCUGCACUUCUGCCUCUUCCUGGCCAUCUCCCUGGCUGCCCUCCUGGCCAACGGCCUCAUCAUCAGCGCCGUAGCCUGCGGCCACCUCCUGCACAGCCCCAUGUUCUUCUUCCUGCUCAACCUGGCCCUCAGUGACCUGGGCUCCAUCCUCACCACUGUCCCCAAAGCCAUGCACAAUUCCCUCUGGGACACCAGGAGCAUCUCCUAUUUAGGAUGUGCUGCUCAGGUGUUUCUGUUUGUAUUUUUCAUGUCAGCAGAGUAUUCCCUCCUGACCAUCAUGUGCUACGACCGCUACGUGUCCAUCUGCAAACCCCUGCACUACGGGACCCUCCUGGGCAGCAGAGCUUGUGCCCACAUGGCAGCAGCUGCCUGGGCCAGUGCCUUUCUCACUGCUCUGCUGCACACAGCCAAUACAUUUUCCCUGCCCCUGUGCCAGGGCAAUGCCCUGGGCCAGUUCUUCUGUGAAAUCCCACACAUCCUCAAGCUUUCCUGCUCCAAAUCCUACUUCAGGGAACUUGGGCUCAUUGCUGUUAGUGUCUGUUUGGUAUUUGGCUGUUUUGUGUUCAUUGUUUUCUCCUAUGUGCAGAUUUUCAGGGCUGUGCUGAGGAUCCCCUCUGAGCAGGGAAGGCACAAAGCCUUUUCCACCUGCCUCCCUCACCUGGCUGUGGUCUCCCUGUUUAUCAGCAUGAGCUUUAUUGCCUACCUGAAGCCCUCCUCUAUCUCCUCCCCAUCCCUGGAUCUGGCAGUGUCAGUUCUGUACUCGGUGGUGCCUCCAGCCCUGAACCCCCUCAUCUACAGCCUGAGGAACCAGGAGCUCAAGGCUGCAGUGUGGACACUGAUCACUGGACAAUUUCAGAAACAUUAAACUGCUGGUGAAUUUCUUUAAAUCACUUGUAAUAAAAAUCAUAUUUGAUACUUCUUGCUGGUUCAUUUUGCAGUUUCUUUUUCCUUGUUUCCUUUUUUAAUAUUGUCUACAAAGGAAGGUUAUAGUUUGUGCUAUUUUAUUUCUCGUCACUUUUAUUAUGGUCCUAGACUGUAUCAAUGACGAGCUCUUCUUGUGAUGGCUUUAAAAAAACUAAAGAAGACUUUUCACCAGAGGUCCCCCUUUUGUUCCCUUCUCUGUGGCUGCAGCAGCAAUGUCUGUGUGCAGAGCUGGGGCAGAUCAGUGCUGGCACAGCAGCUGUGCCCAGCAGCAGCAGCACUUGGUGUUGCCAGUGCUGCUGCCGUGGCCCUGCCCCGCUGCCCUCCUGGCCCUGCUGUUGCUGUAGGGCCUGAGUGCUCUCGGGGCCGGGCACAGGGCUGGGGGUGGCAGUGCCGGGGCUGCAGCAGGGACAGGCCAUGGGCACUGCUGGGGCAGCGCUGACGCCUCAGGCCAGGGCCUGGGGGCUGCAGGCUCCUUGCCCAGGCUCUCUCCACAACACGGCCAGGCCAAUGCUCAGCACAGAAAAGCCCCGUCAGCAGCCCCAGGCUGGCCGUGGGCAGGCUGGGGGCAAACAGCAUGGCUGGGGCUCUGCAAGGUCCCUGGGGGAGACGGGAAGGAGCAGCAGAGCAGGGCCUGAUCCAUCCCCACUGCGCUGGACACCCCAGGGCAGCAUCCCAGAGCAGCCUCAUGCACCUGCCAACAACAUCCCCCCUCUGCAGCCCUGGCCUCUCCCCCAGCUCACACAGGUGCUGCAUCCUUGCAGGCACAGCCACGGCAGCACUGCCUCAGGAGCCCCUGUUUGCACUGCCCAGAGCAGGCGUCAGCACCCCCAUGGUGCUGGUGUGGGGAGAUGA